CUUCUCUAGCUGUUGGAGGACUAAUCUCGCUGAUGUUCACCGUGGGUUGAAGGCGAGCUUCUCCUGGAGUUCCGUGUGCGGCCGUCUUCAUUCACCCUGACGUCUGACUUUACAGUGCUGAAACCAGAAGUCCUCAGGUUUGAUAGCCUCAGUCCCGGGGGACUUUGAGACUACGCGUAGUCUCAAGGGUGACCUGGGCUGUAGCCAGAUUGACUGUACUCCAAUGUGAGGACUGAAUUGAAAAAGGAGCAAAGGUAUCUGAAACGUCUUUGGAACCCCCUUGAAAUACAUCUGGUGGUGUAUAAGUAGCUAACAGACAUUGGGCCUAACAGAACUAAUUUGACUGUGUGGUCGGUUGUGCCAUUGUUUGCUUUCUAGAAGUUGAAGCAUCAUCCUUUGAUAAAAACUGUGUGCAUAUAUGAGGAUGGCCUUUCAAUUCAAUUUUAGUAUAGAAGAAGAUCUGGAAAAUAAAUUAACAUCCCUUAAUGAUGGAACUUGUGUCUUUAAAAGUCAGAAAGGGAAGCAGGACAAAAAGCAAUCUCCAGAACUGCUGGGCUUUCCUCAGGAUCACUUGUGGAAAUGCCCCUCACUGGGAAAUGCAGCUUCCUCUGAAGACACUGACAGUCCACACAGUACCACUGACAAGUCAGCUGACCCAGAAGCAUGUGAAAAGCCGCCCUCCUUGAAACCUGCUAAAGAACAUUCGAUACCUAAAGAUUUUAAUCAAGUCUUAGAAAAUAAGGUUUUGGAAAUGUUGCCAGGACCCCAGCAUGUUAACACAGCAGUUGUGAAAACCAUCUCUUUGAAAGAGAAAUUCCCUGGAGAAAACAUAGUGUCAAAAAGCUUUUCAUCUCAUUCUGAUCUGAUUCCAGGUGUUUAUGAAGGAGGCUUAAAAAUCUGGGAAUGUACCUUUGAUCUCUUGACUUACUUCACUAAAGCCAAAGUGAAGUUUGCUGGGCAGAAAGUGCUGGAUCUUGGCUGUGGGUCUGGGUUGCUUGGAAUAACUGCAUGCAAAGCAGGGGCUAGAGAAGUUCAUUUUCAAGAUUAUAACAGUUUGGUGAUUGAUGAAGUGACCUUACCUAAUGUAGUUGCUAAUGUCCCUUUGCAAGAUGACAGCAAUGACAUAAAUGUGCCAGAUGGGAAAAGACAGAGGAAGUCAGAAGUAGGCCAAGAAAUAUGUAAAUGUCGAUUGUUCUCUGGGGAGUGGGCUGAGUUUUGUAAGCUUGUAUUAAGUGAAAACCUGUUUGUGAAAUAUGACCUCAUUCUCACUUCAGAAACCAUUUAUAAUCCAGAUUAUUACAGCACUUUGCAUGAAACAUUCCUCAGUCUCUUGAGUAGGAAUGGCCGGGUGAUUCUGGCCAGCAAAGCACAUUAUUUUGGUGUUGGUGGUGGUGUUCAUCUCUUCCAGAAGUUUGUAGAAGAAAAGGGUGUAUUUGAGACUCGAACACUUGAAGUAAUUGAUGAAGGUCUCAAGAGGUUUCUGAUGGAAAUGACUUUUAAGUGCCCCAGUUAAUAUGCACUAAAUGGCAUAAUGAAAUAAAAAAUAUACCCUAGAA